GCCGCAGACCGGCAGAUUAGCUCAGUGAGCAGUGAAGGACAAGGCCAGUCAAGCUUCGGCUCAGACUACUUCCCGCUUAUCUUCAAUCAUUUUUAUUCAAUCCUCGGGAUUAAAACGACCUCCUUCCGUCGUAACUGUGUGCUUUUUAUUCAGCUCCUAAAGGAAUGCCAAGAGAGCUCACCCAGAACAGGAUCCAAAAGAUCUGGGUUCCCACCAAGGAUGACAAGCGAAGAGGAACUGGAGCCCCCCACUUCGCCAACCCCCCGACCGUCAUUGUGAUGGUGGGGCUUCCUGCUCGAGGAAAGACGUACAUUUCCAAGAAGCUCACCCGCUACCUCAACUGGAUCGGCAUACCCACCAAAGUUUUUAACGUUGGAGAGUACCGCAGGGAGGCUGUAAAGAAUUACAGCUCCUAUGACUUCUUCAAGCCUGAUAACGAGUCCGCCGUGAAAAUCAGACAGCAGUGUGCCUUAGCAGCUUUGAGGGACGUCAAAUCCUACCUGAAGGAUGAGGGAGGCCAGGCGGCGGUUUUUGACGCCACAAACACUACGAGAGAUCGGCGGGAUCUGAUCCUCCAGUUUGGCAUCGAGAACGACUUUAAGAUCUUCUUCAUCGAGUCCGUAUGUGAAGAUCCCAGCGUCAUCGCAUCAAACAUCAUGGAAGUGAAGGUGUCCUGUCCGGACUACAAGGACUGCAACAAGACGGAGGCCAUGAUGGAUUUCCAGAAGAGGAUCGAAUGCUACAGAACCAGCUACCAGCCGCUGGACCCAGAUCACUACGACAGGGAUAACUCCUUCAUCAAGGUAAUAGAUGUGGGGCGGCGUUUCCUUGUCAACAAGAUCCAGGAUCACAUUCAGAGUAAGAUCGUCUACUACCUGAUGAACAUCCACGUCCAGCCGCGCACCAUCUACCUGUGUCGACACGGAGAAAGCACCGACAACCUGGAGGGACGUCUGGGAGGCGACGCCGGGCUCUCGCCGCGGGGCCGACAGUUCUCGGCCGCCUUGGCUCGGUUCGUUCAGGAGCAGCAGCUGAAGGACCUGAAGGUGUGGACCAGCCAGCUGUGCCGCAGCAUCCAGACGGCGGAGCACCUGGGAGUCCCCUACGAGCAGUGGAAGGCGCUGAAUGAGAUUGACGCGGGGAUGUGUGAGGAGAUGACGUAUGACGAAGUGAAGGAGAAAUUUCCUGAGGAGUUCGCCCUGAGAGACGAAGACAAAUACUACUACCGCUACCCAGCCGGAGAGUCCUACCAGGACCUGGUCCAGCGGGUGGAGCCGGUGAUCAUGGAGCUGGAGAGGCAGGAGAACGUCCUGGUGAUCUGCCAUCAGGCCGUGAUGCGCUGCCUGCUCGCCUACUUCCUGGAUAAGAGUGCAGAUGAGAUGCCGUACCUGAAGUGUCCGCUCCACACAGUGCUGAAGCUGACCCCGGUGGCCUACGGCUGCAAGGUGGAGUCCAUCAGUCUGAACGUGGAGGCGGUGAACACCCACAGGGACAGACCCGAGGAGGUGAGGAGGGGCCCCGGCACGCUGAUCAGGAGGAACAGCGUCACCCCUCUGACCAGCCCAGAGUCCAACAUCAAGAAGCCGCGCAUCGAGGACCUGGACGAGGCUCCCAUCCAGGAGCUGCCCAGCUCGGUGGCGUCGCUCGCCCUCUGCGCCUCCUCACAAUUCCCCCUCGCUCUGGCCGGACAGCGCUGGCUGGGCCAAGUCUGCCUAACCUGAGAGGCUCGUCCGUUUGCCACGACAUCCUGCAGCCCUGCUAGCGCCGGGAGCGGACCGCUGGGACCCCGAGGCGGAACCAGUGAAACCACCUGCUUCAUCUUUAUCAACACAACUUGGAUGUUUGUUUUGUUGUUUUUUGUUUUUGCCUCAUUGUCAGACUUUGCUCCAACCUGCAGACUCUGUGGCUCCUUUAGUCUUUAUUACUGACUGACCAACUGGAUGAUGGUUUCAGACCAAAGACUAAACUAAUAGUUUUAAAUCCAUUUUUUUGUUUUUUUGCCCCCCUCCUUUACGACCUUGCGGUUCAGUUAAUAACCUAUUUAUCGUCAUAAAGGCCGUGUUUAUAAAUCAUGGCGUAAUCCUCUGUAUGCUGACAUGUUACAAACCAAGCAACAUUUUGCACAUAUUUUAUUUCGCCGUAGAGUGCCUGUAGCGCUCGCUUUGUAAUUCAGACGCUGCUCCUCUCGCCGUCUGGACUCUCAGAAUUUCAACAUUUCACCUAAUAACUCUACAUAUCAUUUCAAUGCGCUACUUUUUCUUUAGUCUUUUAAAUUGUGUGUAGUUUCUCUAACCUUUUUUUGUGGAAAAUAUGAUUGAUUUCAUUAUUCGCCGUCAUUGACUGCUAUGCACAAAAAGAAGCACCUAUUUUUGUUACACUACUGUUAAUAUUCUGUAAAUGUUGGUGUACAUAUGGUGGAACUGGACUGGGAUGUUAUUAGAGUCAUGGGGGGAUUUUUGUUUUAUACUAAAGUGUUUGAGACUGGAAAUAAGCCGAUGCUCUUCUGUUUGUUUGAGAUACUUGAAAUGUUCCUUUUUUGUUAGUUUUAUUUAUAUUUAUGUAGUCUUGAAUGGAUGUGCACAUGAUUGUUGUACAGUUAAUUUUUGCAUUUGUUGGUACAAUAAAAUCACGUGGGGAGAAUUUCCAGUCAAUGUUUU